AUGGCUAAUGCUCACCGAAGGAAUAACUCUCUGGAUAGAAUAAAAAUUAAUGGAGUUUGGAUGACUAAGGAGCAGGAGAUAAGGGAGGGAAUAGUGAGUGCUUUUCAGCAGGUGCUUUCUGAAGAACCAGGCUGGAGGACAGAUAUUGAGGGGCUGCACUUUAAAUGUCUAAGUUCCAGUGAAGCUGAAACUCUGGAGGUGCAAUUUACUGCAGAGGAAAUUUACGCAGCCUUAAUGGGUAUGAAUGGGGAUAAAGCUUCGGGCCCGGAUGGGUUCACAAUUGCUUUUUGGCAAUCAAGCUGGGAAAAGGAGGGGCUGAAGAUUUGGGUGAUUUCCGAGGACCAAAACGCCUUUGUGAGGGGCAAACAGAUCUUGGAUGUGUCUCUUAUUGCCAAUGAGGUGAUCGACUUCUGGCACAAGAGAAACGAGAAAGGGCUGAUCUGUAAAUUGGACACUGAGAAAGCCUAUGACAGUAUUAAUUGGAACUUUCUCAUGAAAGUUCUGGUCAAAAUGGGUUUUGGGUCGCGGUGGUUGGAGUGGAUUUGGUGGUGCAUCUCUACCGCCAAAUUUUCAGUCAUGAUCAAUGGGGUGUCGGCUGGUUUCUUCUCGAAUUCUAAGGGGCUAAGACAAGGAGAUCCCCUCUCCCCGUAUCUUUUUGUGUUGGGGAUGGAAGUUCUUAGUAAUCUAAUUAGAAGGGCGGUUGAUGGAGGUGUCUUAUCAGGUUGCAGAAUUCGGGGGAGAGGGGAAGAGGAGAUGAUAGUUUCCCACCUGCUCUUUGCUGAUGACACGAUCAUCUUUUGUGAAGCUAGCAAAGAGCAAUUGUCCGCUCUAAGCUGGAUUUUGGCUUGGUUUGAGGCGGCCUCUGGUCUUAGAAUUAAUCUUGAUAAAAGUGUCCUAAUUCCAGUUGGUGAGGUGGAAGAUAUUGAGGAGCUGGCUGUGGAACUUGGUUGUAAAGUGGGUUUGUUGCCCACUGUUUACUUAGGGCUGCCCCUUGGAGCUCAUCACAAAGCUGUCUCCAUUUGGGAUGGGGAAGAGUUUGGGUGGAGAACUAAAGAAGCCCGUGGUACUUAUGGAGUGGGGGUUUGGAAGAAGAUUAUGAAGGAAGCUAAGUGGUGUUGGGAGAAUACAAAGUUUAAGGUAGGGAAAGGGACUAGAGUAAAAUUCUGGUCUGACCAGUGGUGUGGGAAUGAGAGGCUGUCCCAUUCUUUUCCCCAGCUUUAUGAGAUGGCGGUCAACAGGAAUGCAACGGUUAAUGAGAUGUGGGAUCAUAGCAGUGGUCCAGGAGAUUGA